AUGCCAACAACCAUUGUGAAUGGGAACGCGGCUUACGUUCUGCUCGGAAAGUACGGCACUCCAGGCUCUGCUGGCAACAAUAAUGCACACUACACGGACCUGCUGCUGGCAAAGGCGGUGUUCGGCGCCGGUGAAACGAGCAGCACACUGCAGCAAAAUAAAAUUAACUGGAUAGAUACCUACGCACUGUGGCCCUAUUUCCCCACCCAGAUUUACUACACGGCCAUAACAGAACUGGUGGGUGGGGGAGGCACUGGUGUUAUUUUGGAGGACGGGACGGUGGUCUCUUUCGUCCUGCAGUGA